ACAGACAGGUGGAACUGAACAAACGACUCUGUUUCUAGUCGGACCUUUUUUAGCGCCACACUCUCUCUUUCGGCUUUCGUUGAAGCAUGGUUAUAAUUCUGUAUUGAGUGACAACAGACUUCUUCUUGAAGUACAAUGCAGGUUUCCAGCAUAAACGAUGUAAAGAUUUAUAAUUUAAGCUACGGAAAGUCCCUUCCGGAGUGGUUGUCAGACCGGAGAAAGAGGCAGCUGCAGAAGAAGGAUGUGGAUGUGCAGCGAAGGAUUGAGCUCAUCCAGGACUUUGAGAUGCCCACCGUCUGCACCUCCAUCAAAGUCUCCAGGGACGGUCAAUACAUUUUGGCAACCGGUACAUAUAAGCCGAGGAUACGCUGCUAUGACACCUACCAACUGUCUCUCAAGUUUGAGCGCUGCUUAGACUCUGACGUUGUAGCUUUUGACAUGCUGUCUGACGACUACUCUAAGUGGUUGUCAGACCGGAGAAAGAGGCAGCUGCAGAAGAAGGAUGUGGAUGUGCAGCGAAGGAUUGAGCUCAUCCAGGACUUUGAGAUGCCCACCGUCUGCACCUCCAUCAAAGUCUCCAGGGACGGUCAAUACAUUUUGGCAACCGGUACAUAUAAGCCGAGGAUACGCUGCUAUGACACCUACCAACUGUCUCUCAAGUUUGAGCGCUGCUUAGACUCUGACGUUGUAGCUUUUGACAUGCUGUCUGACGACUACUCUAAGCUGGUCUUCCUGCACUGUGACCGCUAUGUAGAAUUCCACUCGCAGCAUGGACAGUAUUACAAAACUAGAAUUCCAAAGUUUGGUCGGGAUUUCUCAUACCACCAUCCCUCCUGUGACCUCUACUUUGUGGGAAUGAGCUCAGAGGUCUACCGGCUGAACCUGGAACAGGGACGCUUCCUGAGCUCACUUCAGACCGAUGCUGUGGAGAACAAUGUGUGCGACAUCAACCCCGUCCAUCAUUUGUUUGCAGCAGGAACUUCUGAUGGCAAAGUGGAAUGUUGGGACCCUCGUGUUCGUAACCGAGUGGGGAUAUUGGACUGUGCCCUGAGCAGCUUUAGUGACGGAACAGACGUUCAGAGUUUGCCUUCCAUCAGUGCGCUUAAGUUUAACGGCUCCCUCACCAUGGGAGUUGGCACAAGCACUGGGCAGGUGCUGCUUUAUGACCUGCGGUCCAGUUGCCCGCUGUUGGUCAAAGACCACCUAUACAACUUGCCCAUCACUUCUCUCAACUUUCAAACUCAUUUGGACCUUGUUUUGUCUUCUGACUCAAAAAUUAUAAAGAUCUGGAACAAAGAUACUGGAAAGAUCUUUUCCUCCAUCCAGCCUCAAACCAACAUCAAUGAUGUUUGUAUCUAUCCUAAUUCAGGUAUGAUCUUCACAGCUAAUGAAGACACAAAGAUGAACACAUUCUAUAUUCCUGCUCUUGGCCCUGCUCCACGCUGGUGUUCUUUCCUUGACAAUCUCACUGAGGAAUUGGAGGAGAGCCCAGAGAUUACCGUGUAUGAUGAUUACAAAUUUGUCACGCGAAAGGACCUGGAAAAUCUGGGUUUAUCCCAUCUUGUGGGAUCAUCUCUUCUGCGAGCAUACAUGCAUGGUUUUUUCAUGGACAUGAGGCUGUACCACAAGGUAAAGACCAUGGCAAAUCCUUUUGCUUAUGAGGAAUACCGCAAAGAGAAGAUCCACCAGAAGAUUGAGGACUCCAGAACCCAGAGAGUGCAGAUUAAUAAGCUUCCAAAGGUAAAUAAAGAGCUGGCACUGAAACUGAUGGAAGAGGGGAGCGAGGAUGCAGAGUUGGCUUCUCAGAAAAAGAAGGGAAAGGCUAUGCCCAGCAUUCUCGGAGACGACCGUUUCAAGAGAAUGUUUGAGAAUCCCGACUACCAGGUGGAUGAGCAGAGUGAGGAGUUCCGCCUGCUCAACCCCAUCGUCUCCAAAGCUGGACAGAAAAGAAGGAAGAAGCUGCGUCAGCUGGCUGAGCUGGCGGCGGACAAACAGGAUGCUGAAGAUGCAGAAGAGCCAGAAGGACAAGUCAGCUCUGAGGAGGAGAGCUCUGAUGACGACAAAAGCUGGUUGGAGGAGGUCAGGGAACAGCGCAGGUUGCUGCGGCAAGAAGACAAACACCGCUGGAGACAAGAAAGGAAGGAAAUGGACAGCAACACAGUUUUGCUCGAGAAGAAAGAGAGCAGAGGCAAGAAAACUCCCUCAGUGGCAGAAAGCAAGAAGACAAAUCAGCCCCAGUUUUAUAAUCUCAAAAGUGGAGAAGAGUUUAGAAGUUUCAAUGAAAUGGCUCACAAGCAGAAACUUCAAAAAGCCUCUCUGGAGGAUCGCCUGCAGUUGGAAGAGCAGCAAGGAAUCAGUGUGGCAGACACGGCAGUGGGCAGCAAACAGCUCACCUUCACUUUAAAAAAGUCCGACAAACAGAUGAAGCAGCAACAGGCUGAACACGAGCACCACCAGGAAAGGAAAAAACUGAGACGCUCAGCUGGACACCUGAAGAGUGUCCGUGGGAAAGGCCGGGGAGGAAGAAGCUUUUACUGAGGACGGGCCUUGUACAGCUGCUGCCCACAGACACCAGUGGACUAGAAAAGUCACAUCUCAACACAUUUGGAAGCUUAGUUUAUUCAUGUUUCAUAGUUUCUCAGAAUGGGGCUAUGAAUAACUACAGAGAAGUAUGGAGAACCUGCUGUCUCUUGCUGGAAUAUUUUUGUAUUCACUGGAUUUCAAAUUCAUCCUAGUGCUACACACAGGGUUUGUGCUUGUGCGAUUGUAUUUGGUAUAAAGACGACUGAACAAAAGGUGAACAGAGUAGUUGGGCUUGUUGAAAUUGUCAUCUGUACUUUUUGCUCAAAUGAGUUUUGACGACAAAACGGUUGCCCAGUUUCCUUCUUCGUGUUGCCAAAUCAGUGACUGUUUCUCUCUGCAACAAAAAAACAUGAUUGACAACGUGUCAUCACAAGCUCCGGGUGUAGUGUUCCUAACAAUUCACCCAAAACACCAUGACAAAGACAGUGGCUCACUCAAGUCUACAAAACCAGAAUAAACAGAAAUCAGCCAGUAACCUGAUGUAGCCGACAUGAGCAGAUUUCUCUUCAGUUUGACGUCAAUUCAGCUUUGAUCUUUUUGUGCUUGAAUAUAUGUUUUUAAAUGACUGCUUUCUUGGACAUGUGAAGAUCAGAAUAAUAAAUUUUCAGGCUGGCUUGACAA